CCCCCGUGUAAGAGGGAGGUGGAGGAGGACAUUCCAGGAGAUGUCACCACAGGAAAUCCCAGUAAGAAUUCUGAAGAAAACGUCAUGUUAUCACUAAAUUAUAAAGAAGAAGAUGAAGAUAUGCAGCGCUCUUCAGGAGAAAACUGCAUUACCUGUAAUGUACAUCCAGGACCUCACAGUACAGAUCCAUCAUAUAAUCCUCCUAAUCAUGAGGAACCUUCUUCUGACCAAUCACAGAUUGGUACCACAAGUAAUGGGCAGAAAGGAGGUAAAAGGUUUACAAGAAGCGCAGGUCUUUUUAGACACAGAAAAAUUCACACAGGAGAGAAGCCGCAUUCAUGUUCAGAAUGUGGGAAAUGUUUUAGCCAGAAAUCCGAUCUUGUUAAACACGAGAGAGUUCACACAGGAGAGAAGCCAUAUUCAUGUUCUGUAUGUGGGAAAUGCUUUACAGUUAAAUCAAAUCUUGUCAAACAUGAGAAAAUUCACACAGGAGAAAAGCCAUAUUCAUGUUCAGAAUGUGGGAAAAGUUUCAUAGAACAAGCAAAACUUCGUUAUCAUCUGAGAAUUCACACAGGAGAGAAGCCGUAUUCAUGUUCAAUAUGUGGGAAAUGUUUUACACAUAAAUCUGUUCUUGAUAGACAUAAAAAAAUUCACACAGCAUAGAAGCC